GGCGCCGGCGAUUCGCGUUGAGCCGCGGCCCGCUCGGCCCGGCCCCCCCCCCGCCCCGGCCCCGCGCCCUCCGCGGGGCGCGGAGCCUGCCCGUAGCCGCCUGUCCGGACUCCGAGCGCCCUCCCGAGCCGCCCUUCCCCUCCCUUCCCCCUCGGCCAGCGCCCAGCGAUGCGGGGCCGGCGCGGCAGGCCGCCCAAGCAGCAGCAGCCGGCGGCGGCCGCCGCUCCGGCGAGCGCCCCGGCCCCGGCAGGCCCCAUCGGCGGGCUGCGCUCCCGGCAGCGCGGCAGCAGCCGCGGCAGGUGGGCGGCCGCGGCCCAGGCGGAGACGGCGGGGCCCAAGCAGAAGGGAGCCGGCGCUGCCCAGGCCUCGUCGCCCGCCGCCGCCGCCUCGCCCAGGGGGGGCGGCAAGAGGAAGGCGGGCGGCGGCGGCGGCAGCACCCCCGGUGGGGGAGGCAGCGGCGGUAAGGGCAGGGGCAGGGCCGGGGCGGCAGGAGCAGGGGGAGGAGGAGGCGCAGGAGGCAGCUGCAACAGCCAAGGCAGGGCUGCCUCGUCCAGGAGGAGCAUCAGCAAAGUGGUGUACGACGAUCAUGAGAGCGAGGAGGAGGAGGAGGAGAGCAUGGUGUCCGAGGAGGAGGAGGAGGAGGGAGACCCCGAGGAUAACCAGGACUCCGAGGAGGAAGAGGAGGAGGAGAUAAUGGAGGAGGAGGACGACGACGACUCUGACUACCCCGAAGAGAUGGAGGAUGAAGACGAUGCCAGUUAUUGCACUGAGAGCAGCUUCAGGAGCCACAGCACCUACAGCAGCACCCCAGGUAGGAGAAGACAGAGAGCACAUCGUCCUCGUUCUCCAAUAUUGGAAGAAAAAGAUAUCCCACCCUUGGAGUUUCCUAAAUCCUCAGAGGACUUAAUGGUGCCUAGUGAGCACAUAAUGAAUGUUAUUGCCAUCUAUGAGGUACUAAGGAACUUUGGCACUGUUUUGCGCCUCUCUCCUUUUCGUUUUGAGGACUUCUGUGCUGCUCUGGUAAGUCAAGAGCAGUGCACACUUAUGGCAGAGAUGCAUAUAGUGCUGUUAAAAGCAGUUUUACGUGAAGAAGACACUUCAAAUACUACCUUUGGACCUGCUGACCUCAAAGAUAGCGUUAAUUCCACUUUGUAUUUCAUAGAUGGAAUGACGUGGCCAGAGGUUCUGCGGGUAUAUUGUGAGAGUGACAAGGAAUACCAUCAUGUUCUUCCUUACCAAGAGACAGAGGACUAUCCUUAUGGACCAGUAGAGAAUAAAAUCAAAGUUCUGCAGUUCUUAGUGGAUCAGUUUCUUACCACAAACAUUGCACGUGAGGAGUUAAUGUCAGAAGGUGUUAUUCAAUAUGAUGAUCAUUGUAGGGUUUGUCACAAACUUGGGGAUUUGCUUUGCUGUGAGACUUGCUCAGCCGUGUACCACUUGGAGUGUGUGAAGCCCCCCCUGGAGGAGGUGCCCGAAGACGAGUGGCAGUGUGAGGUCUGCGUGGCACAUAAGGUGCCUGGAGUGACUGACUGUGUGGCUGAAAUCCAAAAAAACAAACCGUACAUCCGACACGAACCUAUUGGAUACGACAGGCACAGGCGGAAAUACUGGUUCCUGAACAGGAGAAUCAUCAUAGAGGAAGAUUCAGAAAGUGAGAAGGAUAAGAAGAUCUGGUACUACAGCACAAAGAUCCAGCUGGCAGAGUUAAUUGAAUGCCUGGACAAGGAUUACUGGGAAGCUGACCUAUGCAAAACCCUGGACGAGAUGCGUGAAGAAAUUCAUCGGCACAUGGAUGUGACAGAAGACCUUACAAACAAAGCAAGGGGCAGCAACAAGUCUUUCCUUUCUGCAGCAAAUGACGAAAUCUUGGACAUUAUCAGAGCAAGAAAAGGAGAAAUAGUGGAAGAUAAAAAUACAGGAGAUGAGGAAGCAGAAAAGACCAAAAGUGAUGUUGAUAAUGACCAGACAGAUGCUGAGAGAGACAAGGAAGAAUCUGGAGACCAGGAUAAAAUUGAGGAAACACACAGUGAGCAAGAUGUGGAAAAAGAGAGAACAGAAGAGGCAACAGCCCUUGGGGAUAAAAGUAACUCUGUGACCUCCAGCACUGAUGACAGCACCACAAAUCCUUCUGCAGGAGAGAAUAGUUGCUCUGAAGGGAAGGACGCAGUGGGGUGUCAGUCAGAAACCCUUGAUAGCAACAACGUGGCAGAGAAGAAGGUGGCAUCAGAGCUCCCUCUGGAACUCUCAGAGGAAACUGGUCAGAUGAUCCCCAGCAGUGGUUCUGCUGCACCUCCACAGGCAGAUGUUGAGAACAGCAGUGGCAGCGAGCUGGGCUCUGGCCAGAAUGACUCCAUUAAGACUCUUGAUGAUGCUGAAAGUGCAGAGAGGGGAUCCCAGACUUCAGAGGAUAUAGGAGAGAAAUCCAAUGGUGAGAGAAGUGAUUCUCCAGGUGCAGGGAAGGGCGCGCCAGGCUCGACACGGAUGCUCACCAGAUUGAGAAACCCAGAUAGCAAACUGAGCCAGAUGAAAAGCCAGCAGGUUGCUGCUGCAUCAAAUGAAGCAAAUAAGUUAUAUAAAGAAACCAGAGAGGUUCUGGUGGUCAACUCUCAAGGUGAAGUCUCCCGAGUGAGCACCAAGAAGGACGUUGUGAUUAAAGGAAAUAUGAACAACUAUUUCAAACUGGGGCAGGAGGGGAAGUACCGUGUUUAUCACAAUCAAUAUGCCACCAAUUCCUUUGCUUUGAACAAGCACCAGCACAGGGAGGACCAUGACAAGAGGCGACACCUCUCACACAAAUUCUGCCUGACUCCAGCUGGAGAGUUCAAGUGGAACGGGUCUGUGCAUGGCUCCAAAGUUCUCACCAUAUCCACCCUGAGGCUGACCAUUAUUCAGCUAGAAAACAAUAUCCCAGCAUCCUUCCUUCACCCUAAUUGGGCUUCCCACAGGUCUAACUGGAUUAAGGCUGUUCAGAUGUGCAGCAAGCCCAGAGAAUUUGCACUAGCACUGGCUAUAUUGGAGUGUGCAAUCAAACCAGUUGUCAUGCUGCCCAUCUGGCGGGAAUCCUUGGGGCACACGAGAUUACGCAGAAUGACAGCAAUAGAAAGAGAAGAAAAGGAGAAAGUGAAAAAAAAAGAGAGAAAACAAGAAGAAGAAGAAACAAUGCAACAAGCUACAUGGGUGAAAUACACAUUUCCUGUCAAACACCAGGUUUGGAAGCAAAAAGGAGAGGAAUAUAGGGUAACAGGAUAUGGUGGCUGGAGUUGGAUUAGUAAAACCCAUGUCCACAGGUUUAUGCCCAAACUGCCAGGAAAUACUAAUGCAAAUUACAGAAAAUUGCUGUCAACAAAGAGCGAAGAUGAGAAAUGCAGCUUGGAUAAACGAAAAGGUACAACUAAGGUAAAACCAGAGAAAGACAGAGCAAAGGAUUCUCGAGAUCUGCAAGCAAAAGACAAAGCAGAUGUUUCAGAAACCUUGGAGAAAGUCCAAGUAAAAGAAGAAAAGUUGUGUGAAGAAAAAUUAGAAGUUGACACAAUUUCUGAAAACUUAGAGUAUGCAAAAGACACAGUGGAAAAAGACAUCAAUGGUGAAAAUGAUAAAGUCAUCAAAGAAGAACCUAUGGAUGUAGAUGAUGUGAAAAUUGAAUCCUCCAUAAAAGAUGAGGAAAGUCAUUGUAAGCGGGAUAUAAUCAAUGUCAGUGAGGGAUUUCAUUUAAGGACUUGCUACAAAAGGAAAGUAAAAUCAUCAAAAUUAGAUGGACUCCUGGAGCGGCGAAUAAAACAGUUUACACUGGAAGAAAAACAGCGUCUAGAAAAGAUUAAGCUGGAGGCUGGUGCUAAAACUGGGGGCAUUCGAUCUGUGAGCCCCCAGAAAAACACAGAUGAGCUACAAACCAGGAAUGGGAAAGGAGGAAGCCAGUUUGACUCUUCUUCCCAAGAUAAAAGCUACACUUCAGACAAGACCCAAGCCGAAGAUGCAGAACAGGACUGUUUGCCCAUCAGCAGCAUCUCCUGUACCAAAACUGGGGAUGAAGAUGAAACUUCUUUGCCUUUGUCAAACAGGCUCUCAAAAGAGGGGCAGCUGCUGGAUGAAGACUCCCCUCAAUGCUCUGAAGGAGACAGCUCUGUUCAGAAUGAUGGCAGAGAAAACAACCCUGAGCCUUCAACUGCUGAUGAGUGUCAAGGACAAGAGGCUCUUGGACAGUCAGAGAGCUCUUUAGUGGAUGGCUUGAAACAAACCAGUGCUGAAGGCAGAAUCAAAUGGGAUGUUUCAGAAACAAAUGAAAAACCCUUGAAGCAAAAGCUACCUAUUACCAGAGUGUCUCAGCGAGAACUUGAAAACUUAGGACCAGUGGUACCUGAAAGUAGCUGUAGAAGAGAAGCUGUGGGCACUCUUGAAAAAGCAGACUCAGAAGGGAAUUCUGAACAGCAAAGCAAAGAUCCAGAAAACAAUUGUAUGAUUAAAAGCCAUAUGGAAACGACAUCCUCUCAAGAAAGUGAAAUGGAGGAAGAAAUUGCUCCUGUGAAGACAGAAAGUAAGUCUGAAAAGUUGAUACUUCAGCAAAAAUCAGCAAAUAAAGAUCUAGAAUCAUUUAAAACAGGGCUGAUUUCUGAAAGAGACCUUGAAAGCCAAACUCUGGAACACAUGGAUGGAGAAGAUGAUAACGAGGAUUUACUGAGCUCUAAACUAACAGAGGCUAAUGGUCAAAAUAAAGGUCAGGAACUGAAAGUGGACACAGAUGCCAUGAACAAAUAUCUUGAUCAGACAAAUGUAAAUACUAUUACUGACAAAAAGAAUAAUAAAGAUGAAGAAACUGAGACAGAAGAAGAAAAAUCAUCAUUUCAGAUGAAUGGAAAAGACAAUGACAUUAAAGCAUUAUCAAAUGAUGCCUGCUUAGUGAAAAAUACCUGUGAAGCUAAGGCGGGGGGUGAUAUUGAACCAAAAGUUAAUAAUAUUAAUAAAUCCAUUCCAGAACAUGAAAUAAAACCAUUAACUUUUAAGGAAUCUUCAGUAAAACCAUUCAUGAAUGGUGACAUCGUGGGAGAGGACACAAAGGAUAAAAAGAACGUGGACUCAAAGUCACAUCUGCAGAGUUCACCUGAGUCUGGAGAGACUCUUCAGCCAACAGAUGAAGUUCCCAAGUGUGUGCAGCAAACUGAAGAAAAUCAGCUUUCUCCUGAGAGAUCUGCCAGUGUUGGCUGUGCUUCCCUGCCAACACAGCCUGUCUGUAAAGAAAAUAACCUGAGCAGUGAAACAGAAUCUAUGGAAACUGAAGCAAUUGAGGAGAAGAAAGAUGCUCCAUCACCUGUAACCUCAUGUGAGGAAUCCAGCUUGAGCAGUCACUUUGCUGACCAGAACGGGGUACAGACAUAUAAAAUGGAAAAUAUUAAUGGAGAAAGUAAAAUGAAAACUGUUAUUACUGAAGUGACUACCACAACCUCAACUGUGUCCACAGAGUCCAAAACGGUGUUUAAGGUUGCAGAGACUGGAGCUGCCAGUGAUGAGAAAACCACAGUUGUUUCCUCUACAGAAAACUGUGCCAUCUCCACUGUCACCACCACCACCACUGUCACCAAGCUCACCACUCCAGCCUCAGAAAGUAACUCUGAUGUCAUCUCUGUCCAGGAGCACAGUAAAACAGUGGUUACUACAACAGUCACUGAUUCACUGACCACCCCAGAAGGCACAUUGGUGACUUCCAUGACUGUCAGCAAAGAAUAUUCCACAAAAGACAAAGUGAAGUUAAUGAAAUUCACAAGACCCAAAAAAACUCGUUCUGGAACUGCCUUGCCAUCUUACAGGAAAUUUGUUACUAAAAGCAGUAAAAAAAGUAUAUUUGUUUUACCCAAUGAUGACUUAAAAAAGCUGGCCAGGAGAGGAGGGAUCAGAGAGGUUCCUUAUUUCAAUUACAAUGCAAAGCCUGCCUUGGAUAUCUGGCCAUAUCCAUCCCCAAGACCAACUUUUGGGAUCACUUGGAGGUACCGACUCCAAACAGUCAAAUCAUUGGCUGGAGUGAGCCUGAUGUUGAGGUUAUUGUGGGCAUGUCUCAAGUGGGAUGAUAUGGCAGCAAAAGCUCCACCUGGGGGAGGAACCACAAGGACAGAAACAACUGAAACUGAAAUUACAACAACAGAAAUAAUCAAGCGGAGAGAUGUUGGUCCAUAUGGGAUCCGGUCAGAGUACUGUAUAAGAAAAAUCAUUUGUCCCAUUGGUGUACCAGAGGCUCCAAAAGAAACUCCAACACCCCAGAGGAAGGGACUGCGAUCAAGUGCCCUCAGGCCAAAAAGGCCAGAAACACCCAAGCAAACAGGCCCUGUUAUAAUGGAAACUUGGGUAGCAGAGGAGGAGUUGGAACUGUGGGAGAUCAGGGCAUUUGCUGAAAGGGUGGAGAAGGAAAAGGCACAGGCAGUUGAACAACAGGCUAAGGUUAGUGAACAGAAGAAGGCAGAGGAGUUCAAGGCCCAAUUGGAGGCUCAGCUAAAACACCAACGUUUGGCUGCCCAGCAGAAACGGCUGGAACAGCAGAAGCAGAUCCCUGCAGGAGGUGUGGUCCCUGCAGCCACCACAGCCAGCAGCACUGCAACCACAGUCUCCACACCCCAGAAAGUCGUGGUGGGCCCCCUGACAGGCCCAGUCCCCACGGGAACCAAAGUGGUGCUCACCACUAAAGUGGGGUCUCCAGCUACAGUAACAUUCCAACAGAACAAGAAUUUCCAUCAGACUUUUGCUACUUGGGUUAAGCAAGGCCAGUCUUCAACAGCCACUAGCACAGCUGCCACCUCAGCCACAACCAUUGCCAGCACAGGGCAGACCUUCCAGCUCUCAGGCAGCCCAGUAACGAUGGCAGGGAAAGUGAUAACUAAGCUGCCACUCCCUGCAAACAGCAAGAUUGUUGCCGUCAAUGUGCCAUCAACUCAAGGAGGUGUGGUUCAAGUUCAGCAAAAGGUAUUGGGUAUCAUUCCAUCAACUACAGGUGCAAGUCAAACCUUUACUUCAUUCCAGCCAAGGACAGCAACUGUAACCAUUAGGCCAAACACCACAGGGACAUUAGGAACAACAAGCACUUCACAAGUAGUGCAGGGGACACCGCUGCGCCCCGGGAUGACGGUGAUCCGGACACCGCUGCAGCAGUCCACCCUUGGCAAGGCCAUCAUUCGAACACCUGUAGUGGUGCAACAAGGUAUUCUGCCAGCCAGUCAGACCCAGCAAGUGGUGACUCAGAUAAUCAGGGGUCAACCUGUCUCAACAGCAGUUUCUAGCACCAGCACAGCUUCUUCCAGCACUGGGCAGAAAACCAUCACAAGUUCUGGAACAGCCCCUCAACAAGCUCAGCCACAGACCCCAGCACCGCCCCCUCGCCCGCAGCAGGGCCAGGUGAAGCUGACAAUGGCCCAGCUCACCCAGCUCACACAAGGGCAGGGUGGCAGUCAAGGCUUAACUGUGGUAAUUCAGGGACAAGGUCAAACUACUGGUCAGUUACAAUUAAUCCCUCAGGGUGUGACUGUAAUACCUGGUCCAGGACAGCAGCUUAUGCAAGCAGCUAUGCCAAAUGGUACAAUUCAGAGAUUUCUGUUCACCCCACUACCAGCAGCUGCUACUACAGCUAGCACAACUACAACCACCGUUUCUACUUCCACCUCGGCUGCGGGGGAAGCGAAGCCGGCUCUGCAGGCGCCUCCGGCUCCGGCCGUGCCCACGGGGCAGGGGCAGCCCCCGGGCCAGCCCAGCUCGGGGGCACAGCCCGCGGGGGCUCAGCCCCAGGGCACUCAGCCCGAGGCCCCGAACCAGCCCGAGGCUCCCGGGGACCCCGCAGCCCCUCCCGAAGCUCAGCCCUCCAAAUCUCCGGCUCAGUCUCCAGCCCAGGCUCCGGGGCUCUCGCCAGCGCCAGGCCCGACGCAGCCGCCGCCCGCGGGCCUGCCCCCAGGCCAGGCCCAGGCUCAGCAUCCAGCUCAGGUGCAAACUCCAAUCCAACAGCCCAGUCUGAUGUGGCCCCCCACUCCCAUACAGAUUCCAGCUCACCUGCAGCAAUCGCAGCCUCAGGUUCAGACCUCCAGCCCAACCCUUGCAAGUACUCAAAGUUUAAAUCAGGUUCCUGUGCAGUGCCCAGCUCAUGCUCAGCUGCAACUUCAGCAGCCUCCAACAAGUGUUACUGCAGUGCCUCAGCUCCAGCAGCAAGUGGAAGUCCUCUCUCAGCUGCAGCCCCGUGCUGUGGCUCGGAUACGAGCCCAGCAGGGCAGUGUGCCCCAGAUCCAGCUUCAGUUGCCUCUUGAGGUCCAGCAGAGUAGCCCAGCACAGGCUCAGCAGAUUGCCAGUGUGGUGGCAGUGCAAGCAGCUAGUGUGCAGGAGCAGCUGCAGAGAGUCCAGCAAUUCAGGGAGCAGAAGCAGAAGAAAAAGCAGCAGCAGAUAGAAAUUAAACGUGAGCACACCCUUCAGGCUUCUAAUCAAAGUGACAUUACCCAGAAACAGGUGGUUAUGAAGCAGAAUGCUGUCGUAGAACAUUUGAAACAGAAGAAGAUGCUGACUCCAGCUGAGAGGGAAGAAAAUCAGAGAAUGAUUGUGUGCAACCAAGUGAUGAAAUAUAUUCUGGAUAAGAUAGAUAAAGAAGAAAAACAGGCAGCUAAGAAACGGAAGCGAGAAGAGAGUGUGGAGCAGAAGCGGAGCAAACAGAACGCGACCAAGCUCUCAGCUCUGCUUUUCAAGCAUAAAGAGCAGCUGAAAGCUGAAAUACUGAAAAAAAGAGCACUUCUGGACAAAGAUCUACAGAUUGAAGUGCAGGAGGAGCUAAAGAGAGACUUGACUAAAAUUAAGAAAGAAAAAGAAAGAGCCCAGGCAGCAGCUGCUGCAGCAGCAGCCGCAGCCGCUGCGGCCGCCGCCGCUGCCCCACCACCACCGCCACCAGUGCCACCAGCACCGCCGCAGCUGCCAGCAGCCAGCGUCACCUCCUCCUCCUCCACCACUGUCCCCGUGCCAGUCUCCUCCCAGAAGAGGAAACGAGAGGAGGAGAAAGAUUCCUCAGCUUCCAAGUCCAAGAAAAAGAAAAUGAUUUCUACUACCUCAAAGGAAACGAAGAAGGACACAAAGCUUUACUGCAUCUGUAAAACGCCUUACGACGAGUCCAAGUUCUAUAUUGGCUGUGAUCUUUGUACUAACUGGUAUCAUGGAGAAUGUGUUGGCAUCACAGAAAAGGAGGCUAAGAAAAUGGAUGUGUACAUCUGUAAUGAGUGUAAACGGGCACAAGAGGGCAGCAGUGAGGAGUUGUACUGUAUCUGCAGAACACCUUAUGAUGAGUCGCAAUUUUACAUUGGCUGUGACCGAUGUCAGAACUGGUACCACGGGCGCUGCGUGGGCAUCCUGCAGAGCGAGGCAGAUCUCAUAGAUGAGUACGUGUGUCCCCAGUGCCAGUCCACAGAGGAUGCCAUGACUGUGCUCAGUCCUCUCACAGAUAAAGACUAUGAAGGGUUGAGGAGGGUCCUGCGCUCCUUGCAGGCUCACAAGAUGGCAUGGCCGUUCCUAGAACCAGUAGAUCCCAACGAUGCCCCAGAUUAUUAUGGUGUCAUCAAAGAACCAAUGGACCUUGCUACCAUGGAGGAAAGAAUCCUGAAACGCUACUACAAAAAGGUCACGGAGUUUGUGGCAGACAUGACCAAAAUUUUUGAUAACUGCCGUUACUACAAUCCAAGUGACUCCCCUUUUUACCAGUGUGCAGAAGUUCUCGAGUCUUUCUUUGUACAGAAACUAAAAGGAUUUAAGGCAAGCAGGUCCCAUAACAACAAACUGCAGUCUACAGCUUCUUAGAGUUCAGCGUGUUAACCAAACACACGAGCAAGGAUCUGGUUGUCUGACAAUUUUUAAUUAAGGAGCCAGAUGUUUUUAGUCAGGUUAUCCUGACAAGACUUGAUGUAAACUGUGUUUUUAUUGGUCACAACAGUCAAAUUAUAUUCUUGGCUUAUUUUGUCCAAAGGACAAAGAAAUAAAAAUCAGCAGCACCACUUUCUUGUCAAGAUCAAAUUGUUGUACUAUUGUGGCAGAAGCAGGAAAACUGUUUUGUUGAAGGAGAGAGAGAAAGAGAGCAAGAAAAAAGAUACAGUAAAUGGGGUCACGUUUAACUCCAUGGAAAUGCCACGUCUGUUCUUCAGUGAAGAAGCUGGUUUAAAGUCCACACAGAAAACUUUGACUGUAUUUAUUUAUUGUUGCAAAAAAGACGCUUUUUUAUUGCUGCCCUCAUUUGUCAGCUAAUUAUUUUUUCUUAUGAAAUCCAGCCCUGGUUCCAUGUAAUCCAUUCUGUAUCUUAACAUGAUUCCUGUAGGUAAAAGUACAAGAAGACCUCUAGAUGUCUUUUCUUUCUAUGAAAGGAGCUGCUAUGUACACAUGUGCACACACACAGGACUGGGAAUCAACAAGGAGUUUAUCAUUCAUGGUAGAUAAAAACAAGCUUGCAUACAAUUUGGGCUGAGUGGUCAUGGACUACAGACUCUUUUGCCUUGAAUAUAACAAACAGUACAAUUUGUCAUUUACUCUGCACCAGACUGAACUGAGUAAAAUCUAUUUGAAGGUAUCUUGUUUGUAAACAUUUGUCAGAUUCUAAUUUUUUUUCUUUUGUAUUAAAAUUCAAAAUAUGGAUGUAUAUUAAACAAAAUAAAUGGAGAUCAUUGUUCUCCCCACA